AUGGCGUCGCUACUGGAAGGCCUAAGCUGGCACAGAUUCGUGGAGAUAUCUGAGAGCGAAACCACAGAGGGCAAGUAUGGAAUUCCACGGUUUGAUGGGAGCCUCAACCUUUUGCAAGAAUACUCCUAUAGGGUCCGGAUGCGUGUGAAAAAGGAGAAGGAGAUGGACCAAGGGGAGGUGAAGAAAUUGGGUCCACUGGGUCUUCGACUUGUCGAAGGCCUGCGGGGGCCAGCGCUCCACAUCGUCAGGGCCGUGAAGGAGGAGACCUUGAUCGGCGAGAAAGGGCCAGAAGCGAUCCUGGAGGCCCUUGUUCGGUCUCUUCGGCCACGGCGCCAGCAAGAGGCCAGAGAGUUGUAUCUCGCGGGGUCUCGCGAGAAUGGUGUGCUGAGCCGCCAACAUGGAGAACCGAUGAGCACCUACAUAUUGAGGAGGCGGACCUGGUAUGCCAUGCUUACCGACCUCGAUGGCGAGAUAAAGUUGCCCGACCUGCUCCUCGCCGAGCAGAUCCUCAUGAACGCCGGUGUGACAGAAGAGCACCAGCUGAUGAUACGUACGAGCCUGGGGCAGAUUAUCACGGUGGAUGGUGUCUGCAACGAGCUUGUGAAUCAGCACGGCAGCCUGCACUUGCGUGAGAAAAGGGCGCAUGUACCCUGGAAGCGUUUUGGAGGCAAGGGCCAGCCCUGGAAAGGCAAGUGGAAGAACAGCCCCAGCUACUAUGCCGACGCCGCCGCGGACGAGACCUGGCAUGCAAACUUUGCCGACCAGGCUGGCGAUGCCUACCUGGGCCACGUGGAGGCCGAAUGGGACAGCUACAGCCAAAGCCUUGGAGGCUUUGAGAGCGAGGCUGCCUCAGGAUAUUUCGGCUAUGAAGGUGCCGGAACCACCGAGCACGAGUACCAAGAGGCCGAAGAUCCCACUCUGGAGGCCUUUGCCGCCUUGGUGAACGAGGGUCUGGACGAGGCGGACCCAGAGUCUGCAGAGUACGCCGCGGAUGUUAUCCAGGCCGAGGCCGAGGUGUACUUUACCAAGCAGCGGGCCCAGCAAAAGGGCCACCACGGCUUCAACAACAAGCGCUUCGAAGUUCGUGGCCAGCUCUCCCUUGAGGAGAGAAAAGCCAGGGUCACCGCCCUCAAAAGCAGAACUAGCUGCCGGGCCUGUGGAGCUCGGGGGCACUGGUCUGGAGACAGCAUUUGCCCUAAAGGUGGUGGAAAAGGGAAACGUUCGCCCUCUUCCACCUCGACCUCGUCUACCAAAGGUGCCGGAAAGAACAAGGGCAAGGGAGCCAGCGACAAGAGCGGAGGACCGAAGCCGAGGACCGUUUACUUUGCGGUCAGCGACCCGGAACCUGUGGAACCCAAGGGCUUUAUGGCGAACAGGGGAGAUUUCUCGAGAGUGCCACCACCUACCAGCCUCGACCCGCCGAGGGCCGAAGCCGAGCGACCACGAUCUUCCUUGGAUGCUGGCCUCUCUGUUGAACUGGUCGGGCAGAUCGGAACCCGUGCCCGGGGCGAGCUCUACGGUGGCCUCGUUGUCUUUGCCUUCGCCCCGGACGGCCGCUACGGAGAUUCGAGCUUGCCGGUUCCUUCGGUGACCUUGCCGGCGGCGAGUUCGGCAGGUCCACAGUGGAACCUGGUGCCCGGAGCCGACUGGGACCACGAGAUGCUCUUUGCGGCUCUUCGCGAGAACAGCGACGUGGUUAUGGACCAGCUUUUAGCGCAGGCACAGCAGCAAGAACAACACAUGACAGCAGGACCGAUGGCCGUUGAGUACCCCGUUCCCACGCCCGAGCUGCGGGCUGUGCCGGUGAACGAGGCCUACGAUCCUCGAGCUGUGCCGGUGACGGGUCCCUACGACCUUCCCCUGCUACGUCCACCUGCUGAGGUACCUGCCGAGCUUCCUCAACAAUCUCAGGCGGCCGCUUCCUCAGAGCUUCCCGCCGAACCGCCAAGGACUGCGGAGGAAGCAGCGCACCCCGAAGGGGAAGGCUCUGGCCCUGCGAGCCGAGAGCAGGAGAGCUGCCGACACGAGCGAACGACCACAAAGGGCACGAACAAGCACUACUUCCUGAAGACGUGUGUUCGUUGUGGUUUUGUUCUGGAAAGGAGCAAGAAGGACACAGUGCCGUCGCCACCGGCAGCCAGCACCACACUUCGAGAUCAAGACCGGUGCCCGCACAACAAUGUCACGCAGGCCGGCACCAACAGGCAUGUGUGGAAGUGGUAUUGCAAGGACUGUGGCCUACGACGAGAAGGGCGACAGAACGAGAACACGGCCGCUGCAAUGGGACAUGGUGCUCUUGGCGGUCGCAACCUGGAAGGCCCCGACACUGAGGCCGUGAAGGUUCUUGAGAUGGCCGGGGCGGUGGUGAUGGUGCAGGAGAGCGGGGGUACACCUGUUCCUCUUGACAAGCUGCCGGGCAUCGUCUCGAAGUGUGCCCAGAUCUACCGGGCCAAGCACCCUGAGAGGAGAGCGGCACCGCCACCAGCGACUACCACGCCGUCUUCGAGACCGGCACCACCGGAGCCACCUGAAGCUAGAAGAGUUCCGGCCGACACCGGCAUUACCGGCGAUGCGGUUCUUCAGUCGGGGAAGCACAAGGGCAAGACCUAUGCCAGUGUGUACGCGGAGUUCCCGGACUAUGUCUCCUGGAUCCUCAGCCAGGGCGGCAACAUCCAGGCGAAGACGCUGCAGGACUUCGAGAGGUACAUCCGAUUUCAGAAGAUGACCGAGCACCGCAACCGCGCCCAAGCGAACAUGGCUGUGAACACAAGUGUUCCGAGCGAGGACGCCCUGACAGCCGUCCUGGACACUGGCUGCAACCAGACCUGCCACGGUGCUCUUUGGAUGAAGGAGUACAUGAAGGCCAGCGGUCUGGAAUAUGAGCCCCUGGCCUGCUCGUCGGCCACAAGCCUCAAUGGCAUUGGUGGGCGCGUGCGCGCCCUAGGGAAGCGCACCUUGAACAUUGCUAUCCAGCUGUCUGACGGCACCAUGGCAGCCGGGACCGUGCAGAGCACCGAGCUGGAGGACUCGUCGGCCCCACUUCUUUUGAGCUAUGGUGCCCAAAAGCAACUUGGGUUUGUGCUUGAUAUCGAGGCCGGCGCCGCUUACAGCAAGGUUUUCCAAAGUCACAUCGACCUCGUCGACCGGGACGGUCUGCCGGCACUUCGUCUUCUGCCUCUUCUUCCUCACGAACAACAAGGGGACUUUGCAAUGAUGGUGCAGGCCGAGCAGGAAGACGAGGACAACCGCCAGAGCCACGGCCUAGAAGACGAUGACGACCACUGGCAGCUACAAGGCGAUGUUUGGAUGAGGGUUCACUUGCAGCCACGGACAAGGCUCUAUGAUCCCCGCGGCGAGCCCAGCCAGGAGCAGGAGAUCGAGCGAGAACUUUGGCGACUCCCUUUCCGCAAGACUGUGCCCAUCAACUGCUCUACUGGAGAACGCCGGGAACAUCAAGGACACUGGCUGGAGAUGAACCCGGAGGAGGUGGCAGCGAACUUUGGCGAGGAUGCCUGGACAGGAUAUACCCUGUUCUACCGGGACAGCAACCACUGCCUCGAAGAGCCUGGUGGCCCUGGUGACCAAGGAUUGGACCACCAUGGCUUUGCUGCCUUCGACGAGGAGAAGCCGACUACGCUUACCAAGGGCCAGCGCCGACACCUGCAAGACACCAGCGAAGGACUCAAGAGGCAUGACGCCACCUUGUGGGCACAACUUGAUCCACGACCACCUCAGCGUGCCCGAGCCUGCCAACGUCUACUGCCAAAGGGUUGCCGCACCUUGCUGUUGGAACUCUUUGCCGGAGCUGCUGCUCUGACCGCGGUUGCAGCGAAUGCCGGGUUUCCCCAUGGGGAGCCCCUUGACCUCAUGAACCACCAGCUCCUAAGCACGGCCGGGCGGCAAACCGCGAGGGAGCAGAUUGAACAUGAGGACCCGUACCUCUUGGCGGUCACCUCUUUGAAGACCACUGCUGAGAGAAGGCUGUGGUACCCCGUCAUUGACUGGAUCAUGGAUUUGGUGAACAGCCGGCUUCAAAAGGGCCGGGAAGUCCUUCUUGAAGCCCCUUGGCACAGCCUCUUUUGGCAACUUCGGUGCACGGAGAAAGCGCACAGCAUGGUGCAAGCAGCCACUCAGGAGCCGAUGGAGAUGGUAUACUGUGAUUGGUGUCGGUUCGGAGGAGUCGACCUCCGCACUGGAUCUCCGGUGCAACGGCCCACGGCGAUUCUCACCUCUUCCCGGGCCAUCAAAAGGGAAAUUCCUCGGGAAUGUCAAGGGCAACACUGGCACCAUGAAGGACCAGCCCAGCUACUUGCCAGCUGGCCCAGCCAACUGGCGCACGAGAUCCUCGAGGCCGUUGCUUGCGAACUUCAGGACCUUAAUUGCUCUAUGGUUUUUGCGGCCGAGGAAGAGACCGAGGAACAGGAGGAGUUCGGCAUGAUAGAUGGAGUGCACCGGGACGAGGACCUGGGCGAUCCGCUUCCUUCACCGGAAAACAGCCACGAGAUGAGCCGAGAGGAGCGCCUAGACGAGGAGCCGCCUCCGGAAGCGCAGCCAGACUUCGAGAAGGUGCGGAAGCAAAAGUGGCUAGCCAUUCCUCGGAACAAGAGGUUGGCUAUUAGAAGGCUCCACCACAUGACAGGGCAUGCGUCGAACAGUGCCAUGAUACGAAUGCUUCGCUCAGCCGGCACUUCGGCCGAGGUGGUUAUUUGUGAUGCCUUUGAGGUGGUGGACGCGGCCGGAAGCAAGCAUACAAUCUUGAGUCUGGUGGACAGUGGCACAAAGUUCCACGUGACCGGGCGGGUGUCUUCAGGAGGCACCCCAUCUUCGAAGGUGUGCGCCGACUUCAUCAACACCGCGUGGCUCUCCUGGGCCGGCAAUCCGAAGAUCUUCCAGGCCGACCAGGGAGUGCACAAUCAAGGCCAGGUGGCCUCCUUGAUGCGGGCCCAUGGAAUUGAAAUUCGACAGGCCGCUCGCCAGGCGCCAUGGCAGAUAGGCCGGGGCGAAAGACAUGGUGGGAUAUUGAAGGCCAUGGUCAAGCGCCUUAUCACAGCCCACCAGCUCUCCGGUGAUAUGUCCAUCAGCGCCGCCGUGACGCAGAGCACCACCGUCAAGAACUCUAUGUACAACCAUGACGGCUAUGUGCCGGCCCAAUGGGUCCGAAGGUUGCCCCAUGACGUGACCUCUCUUUUGGGCGAGAAUGAGGUGGAAACUAUAGGCCCACAGCAGGAGACCGAUGACCCGGAGACCGUCCACGGCAAGCUUAUGCAGAUGCGGCAGUGGGCCAAGGAGUGCUUCAUCUACUUGGACAGCAGCCAAAGGAUUCGCCGGGCAAUGCUGAGACAGACUCACACAAUGAGGGGGCCUUACCAGAUGGGGGAUUUGGUCUCCUACCACCGACGUGGCCGCUGGUAUGGUCCGGCCCGGGUACUCUCCCAUGAGGGGAAAAGCUCUUUGUGGCUGGUGCAUGGUGGGAUGACCCUGCUGGUGGCCGAGACCGCGCUGAGGCCCGCCACCACGGAAGAAGUUCAUCGGCGACAGGCCUUGACUAUGAGGCCAGCUUGGAACCGAACACCCGCCAAGCGCAAGUACGAGGACUUUCUUCUGGACGAAGAAGAGGACCUACCCUUCGAGGAGGAGACGGCGGCCUUUGAUGGUCCAAGUCAGAUUCCUUACUUCGACUUUACGCAGACACCUGGGCCAACAGCUGAACAAGGAGGUGAAGCAGAGGUUUUCCCAGAAGUUCCCAUGGUGGAGCCGGGCAAAGAGGAGACCUCAAUGCAGAUGAGGCUAUGCGUCGCUCUGUGGAUCAGGUCGAUGGUCACCCAAGGUUUGAUGGCUACAGCUUUUCCAGAGUACCGGAACGAGGUGCAGGAGCGCAAGAACCUAGAGUUCAAAAACAAGGCCAAGAAGGUGCUGGCGUUCCUGGGGACCAGAACAGAGCGGAAGUACAAGAAGAAGGUGGUGAAGCAAGGAGCCGGCCGGGAGAUCAACUAUCAAAAGGCCGAUCCCGAAUUGCGGAAGAGCCUCGACGAGACGAGGGCCAAGGAGUGGAGCAAUUGGAAAAAGUAUUCCAAUAUGCAGCGCAUCACCCGGAGCGAGUUCGAGGAGAUGAAGAAGAAGGACAGCACGCUGCGAAUUAUUCCCACUAGAUGGGUCGACGUGGACAAGUCGGAAGCCGGGAAGCCACAGAAGCUCAAAAGCCGUUUUGUUGUGAGAGGCGACUUGGAGGACGCCAGCUCUAUGAGGACCGAUUCCCCCACCGGGUCACAAACGGCUAUGGGGCUACUUCUGAGCUUCGGGGCCGCCACCAGGAGGACCAUCAAGUCAGGCGACAUCUCGGCAGCCUUUCUUCAGGGGUCCGAGUUGGACAGGAAGCUGGUCCUAAGCAUGCCAAAAGGAUCACCUCCCGAGGACAUGGCUGAAGAUGAUUUGGUGAUCGUUUCGACCACCGUCUACGGGACCAAGGACGCUCCUCGAGGAUGGUUCAAGAACUUGGACACCACGCUUCGCAACAACCAACUUCGGCGAGUGCCUAAGGAACCGGGCUUCUAUGUGAUGAAUGGCACCGACUCCAGCGGAGGCACCUUCAUCAAAGGAUUGCUUUUGGUGCAUGUUGAUGACCUGCUGUGGGUCGGGGACGACGACAUGGAGGCGGCUAUGCUUCGGAUCCAAGAGCAAUACCGAUUUGGAUCUUUAGACCAGCAGAGCUUCAAAUUUUGUGGUCGCUGGCUGGAACAAGGACCUCAUGGAAUACGGGUCACUUGUCCUGAGCUGAUUUCUCGAGUUCGGCCGGUGCACUUGGAGCCCCGUCGAAAAGGACAGCGCGAGAACGCCGCAACUGAGAAGGAAAAGGCCCAACUACGGUCCGUGGUUGGGUCCUUGAAUUGGCUCGUGAGAGUGUGCCGCCCAGACCUGGCGUACUCUGUCUCCAGGUUGCAGGCGGCAGUGAACAAGCCUGUGGUUCAGGACCUCGUCGACGCCAACAACCUUGUAAAGUUCGUGGCCAAGACCAAGGACAAGGGCCUACUCUACCCGGCGGGGAACCUGGACUUCAAUGACGUGGCCAUCAUUGCCAUCCAGGACGCCUCCUAUGCAGCAGACUACGAUACCAGUCGCUCUGGAGAGAAGAUGGGCUACCGCAGCCAGAGCGGGAGGCUGCUCUGCCUUGCCAGGCGCGACUUCCUCACUUCGCUGGAAGGCCACUUGUACCCGAUCGAGUGGCACUCGACUAUCAUAAGGCGAGUUUGCAAGUCCACUCUCCAAGCGGAAAGCCUUUCCUUGCUUCUUGGAGUGGCCGAAGGAGAGCACGCUCGCGCUGUGCUCCACGGUCUCUACGAGGACAUGGAGAAGCUUGGCUCAGUGGCCUGGACCGUCGCCGCUCAAGACAGGACACCUUUGCUUUGGGUCACAGACUGCAUGAGUUUGAAGGAACACUUGGUGAACCCAGCUGCCAGUUCUGUGAGCGAUAAGCGCCUGGCGAUCGACCUCAGUUCAUUGAGGCAGGAACUCUGGCGUGAGGAUGGGCAGGCCGCCGACGGGAAAACAAGGCUUCUCUGGACGAGCACAGACAAGAUGCUCGCGGAUGCGCUGACAAAGCGUAUCACGAUACAUGGUCCUUUGGAAGACCUUAUGCACGGUAAGACCGUGUCCUUGGUGCCGACAGUAGACCAGAAAGUUCAUAGGGGUGUGAAAGCUGAGGUGUGUGAUUAG